UACUUGCUUACGUGUUUGCUUUUGAAUUGAGGCCAUGUCAAUUUCAUGAUAGUAUGAAUUGGAUCGCCCAAAUUUCCCUAAAUUCAACCAACGAUGUCGUAAGCACUGUCCUCAGCAGAGUACCAAUAUAUCUUAGCUUCAUAAUAACAUUUGAACUGCCUAUGUUUCUACACUCAAUUUUUUUCUCAUCAGAUAUACUAGCAUCAAGUGAAGUUGGGAAGAGGAAAAGAUGUCACGCUGUUCAAAAUACCAGUUGUUUUCACUUGUUAUGAUGUUACUGCUAAUAAUGAUUCAUCCAAGUUCACAAUCUCGAGUAACACAAGAAAACGGUGUGAAAUCUGCUGUCUUUCUAUCACCAAGGAUUGUGCUGGAACCUGGAUCUGUCUCUAACAAGUUUUACUACAACAUUGAUUUCCCAAAAGGCCAUAUUGCUAUCAAAAGUUUUGAUGCUGAAGUAGUUGAUGAGGCAGGGGUUCCUGUACCCCUCUAUGAGACAUAUCUUCAUCACUGGGUUGUUGUAAGAUAUUAUCAUCGAAAAGGCGUGGAAGUAGCAAAGUACCAUGGCAAUUUGGGGUUCCACCAAUCAGAUUUUAUUGUCAAAAGAAACUCAGGGAUAUGUGAUGGAAGCCUUUCUCAAUAUUUUGGCCUUGGGUCAGAGACCCGAAAAACAAUCACCUAUGUUCCAGACCCUUAUGGAAUAGAAGUCGGUAAUCCAGUCGAAGUACCUCCUGGAUACGAGGAGAGAUGGUUUCUCAAUCUACAUGCGAUUGAUACACGAGGUGCUGAAGAUAGAUUGGGAUGCACUGAAUGCAGGUGUGAUCUUUAUAAUGUUACUAAGGACGAGCAUGACCGAAAUAUAGAGGCAGAUUACAUCGGAGGCUUGAGAUGUUGUUACGAUGAAACAAGAUGCAGGGUGAAAGACGGAUUCCAAGGAUCAAGGAGAAACCUCUACCUCAAGUACACAGUGAAGUAUAUUGAUUGGGAUGCCUCCAUUGUGCCUGUCAAAAUUUAUAUACUUGACAUCACUGAUACAUGGAAAAAGCCAGAAAAAUCGACUGCCACUGUGGCAAGACAUCACUGCCAGAUCGAAUAUUUAGUGGAGUCAUGUGCUGUAUCUGUUGCAAAUGUCGAUUGCAGUCACACAAAGAAGAUCAGCGUAGCUUUUCCUAGUGGUGGAGAUGUCAUCUACGGAGUUGCUCACCAACAUACAGGAGGGACUGGUAUGGCACUCCAUGGAGAGGAUGGACGUGCCAUAUGCGCAUCUCUUCCAAUCUAUGGGGAAGGAAAUGAACCAGGAAAUGAAGCUGGUUACAUUGUCGGGAUGUCCAGUUGUUAUCCUAGACCUGGCUCUAUCAAGAUUUCGGAAGGGGAGACCGUAAGUUUAAUAUCAAACUAUAGCAAUGGCCAGAGGCAUACAGGAGUGAUGGGGUUGUUCUAUCUCUUGGUCGCUGAACCAUCACCAAAGCGUAAUUCUAUCCUACAUUCCACAGAUGGAAUAGGUGAGAUUGUAAUAUUGCAUAAUGUUGUUGGAGCCUUGGCAGUGUUUGGAAUUGCACUACUUGUUGGUGCUGCUGUUAUUUAUCAACGUCGAAAUCAAAGGGAGGAAGGCUAUGAGCCUAUAAUAAUCUGAGGUUCUCUCCAUUUUGGCGAUUCUUGUCACUGGUGUAGUACACAAUGCAAGUUAUGAUGUCCCUUCUUUUUGGACACGUCUGUUGCACUUUUAUGGCAAGUUAUCUAAUUACAUGAUUUUGUAAUAUAAUAUCGAUAUUAUUAAAAUAAUACUGAAUAAAUGAUAUAUAUACACACACAUAUAUUAUA